AGGUAAGACAUGUAUUGACAUAACAUUUAACGUAUGGGUGUUACUGAAGCUGAUAGUGACAUCGCAAUAAACAUUUCUGGUCUUAAAAAGUGUGUUUACAAAACUGCGUAUCGGGUUUUUAAUCUGCACCCCAUAAUACUGUGCAUCUGAGUGUAACGACAACUUACAGUUGCAAGAAGGAAGUAGGAUAGUGUAACAAGAUGGCGACCACUGCAGUUGUUGGCGUAAUAUCUCUGGUACUUUUCGUUAUCCAUGUUGUGGCUAUAGCCACACCUGGCUGGAUGGUGGUCGGAAAAGAGGGAAUAGGAUCAGCCUACAUCGGACUGUUCCAAGUAUGCUUUGGAUCGAAGUGCGUAAGCUAUGUCAAUUACAUAUUUGCGGACAAGGAAGGAAACGUUAACGUAUCAUUCAGCUACAUAGCGUUUGUCGGUCUGCACAUUGUUGGAGCCAUUAUUCUGUUCGCAAAUGGUGUAAACAGCCUGCGUCACUUCCGUUCCUUUCCGGAUGGACAAGCACGUUCCAUUGCCACCAAAGCGGCUAUCAUGUUGAGUGUUGCAAGCGGUUGUAUCCUGGCUGGUGUUGUCUGGUUCUAUCUUGAUAUGAAAACUGAUUUGGACUUGAUUGAAUCGUCUUUGUCGCAGGAACUGAAAUUUGGCUACUCAUUUUACCUCGCCGUGGUGACAGGUGCAUCAAGCCUCGUUGUCGCUAUCACCAUGUGUGUCGUUGCGAGUCAGAUGGCGCCCCCUCCUGUCAUCACCACGUUUAUAACCCCGCCAUGCCCGCAGACGGUUGUCGUGCAUUCAACCACCACACACCAGGCAGGGUCUACAUACCCAAUGACCAGCCCUGUAGGGUUUGCCCAGAACGAUCCUGCUUAUGGAUACGACCAGUAGUACGGGACCACGUCAAAGAGUAAGGUGACGACGAGGCCAGAAAUCUACAAUAUGAAACUCUGUCAGUAAGAGCAACUACAAAUCACUCUAACAGAGUCUGACAGUAAUAAUUCAUUUUUAUAUAUAUAGCGUCUGUAUUUCUUUGUGUAUUGUAUUGUGCUAUAUGGGAAUAUCUUAUGCUUAACCAACGUAUUACUCAUAACGUCGGUUCAAUAUUCUUAUGAUUUUGUAUAUUAAUAUUCUUUUCAUGUGUGCUGUUACAAAUACAAUCAAUCUAUAUCUGGAUAUUCGUCUACGAGAUAAUCGAACUACUCGGUAAGUGACACGGACGUAAAACCAGUCUAACAAACAGAAACAUUAACACCAACCACACCCCUAAGACUCACUAUGGUACUACAAAUCCUCUAAAAUGGGAAUAUCUUAUGCAUAACCAACAUAUUACUCAUAACGUCGGUUCAAUAUUCUUUUAUGAUUUGUUUGAAAUAUUUUUUGUUCCUUUUGUUUGUAAAAUUUACAUAAUUACACAUUCAACACAAUCUCACAUAAUUUAACAUUAAAAGAUUACACAAUCUCCUACAAUGUUGCAUUCCAAACAAUCUUACAUGAUUUUAUAUUCCACACAGUCAUACAUUAUAUAACAUUACACAAUUCUAUAUAAUGCAACAUGAAACACAAUUCUACAUAAUGCAACAACACACAAUCCUAUAUAAUACAACAUUACACACAAUCCUACAUAAUGAAACAUUACACACAAUCCUACAUAAUGCAACACUGCACACAAUCCUACAUAAAGCAACAUGAAACACAAUCCUUCAUAAUGCAUGUAACAAUUCACACAAUCUUACAUAAAGCAACAUUAAACACAAUCCUACAUAAUACAACAUUACACACAAUCCUACAUAAUGAAACAUUACACACAAUCCUACAUAAUGCAACACUGCACACAAUCCUACAUAAAGCAACAUGAAACACAAUCCUUCAUAAUACAUGUAACAAUUCACACAAUCUUACAUAAGGCAACAUGAAACACAAUCCUACAUAAUGCAACGCUACACACAAUCCUACAUAAUGCAAUACUACACACAAUCCUA